AUGACUUCAAAUGAGACUCAAACUGAGAAUAUGUUCCUCUGCUAUCCACUGCGACCCAACUCCUGUCCAAAAUUGCAUCGUCUUAUUGUAGUUAAAGUGGCAAUGUAUGUUUUGAUGGUGCUGAUGAUUCUCACAACAGUUUUUGGGAACCUGCUGAUCAUCAUCUCCAUCUCUCACUUCAAACAGCUUCAGUCUCCAACUCAUCUGAUCGUUCGCUCUCUGGCUGCUAGUGACUGUCUGCUGGGCUCUUUGGUCAUGCCGUACAGCAUGGUGCGAUCUGUUGAAGGCUGCUGGUAUCUGGGAGAUAUUGUGUGCAAAGUGCAUUCUAGUUUAGACAUGAGCUUCUGUAUCUCCUCCUUACUGCAUCUCAGUUUAAUAUCUAUUGAUAGGUACAUGGCCAUUUGUGACCCUCUGAGAUACAGAAUGAGGGUCACAAACAACACUGUGACUGUAUUUACUACCUUCAUAUGGCUGUUUUCAUUUUUCUACAGUUUUUCUGUUGUGUUUUCAGGGAUAAGUGCAGCUGGAUUAGAGACGCUUAUAUUGCAAACUUACUGCGUGGGAAGUUGUGUUGUGUUUUUUAACAAACAAUGGAGUCUUAUAUGUCCAAUUCUCACAUUUUUCCUUCCAGGGACGAUCAUGAGCUCUCUCUAUAUAAAAAUCUUCCAUGUUGCACAAAAACAUGCAAAGGUUAUGUCAGAAAGAGUGACUGGAGGGAUGAAGAGUCAAAGCUCUGCUCACAGAGAGAGAAAAGCAGCUAAAGCUCUGGUUAUUGUCAUGGGUGUUUUCUUGUUCUGUUGGCUGCCUUAUUUUACUGCUGCUGCUCUCGACCCUUUUUUUAAUUUUUGGACCCCAGCUGUUGUUUUUGAUGCUUUGUUUUGGUUUGCAUAUUUCAAUUCGACCUGCAACCCCUUGAUUUAUGGAAUUUUCUACCCUUGUUUUCAGAAGGCCUUUAAGAUUUUCAUGUCUACUAUCUGUGGCAUCAAGCCUUCUAACACCUUGGUACUUGAAUAA